UCCUCUUGCCGACAUCGUUGAAUUCAUCAAAUUGAAAGGGAGACCCCGAAGACGUCUCCAAUUAAAGCAAGGAAAUGCUGCCCUCGUUUGUCAGGAUUCCGGCAAAGGGACGCUUGCUGAUGAUUCAGUCUGGAAAAGAUUCUUCGAAGAAGCUCAAAUCAAGAUCCCAAAGCCAAACGCUGCAGUCAAUCGGACAACUUAUGUUAUAAUAAUUUAAUGAGAGCCCAUUUCUUUGCCGAUUCAGCCUCCUUGCGUGUCGCCAUGCCCCCUUUCCUCCUCCUCCGUUAUCUCUUCACAGAUCCCAAUAAGGUCCCCCAUUUUCCCAUCCUCUCCUCUCUGAGCUGCUAACCGCCCUGCAUUGCCAUAUCUGUCGGCAAAUCUCAUUGCCUUGGUCAUAUCUUGAUUGUGGGUCGGCGUAGAACUCGGGUACGAGGAAUCGGAUUUGGCUGUGAAACUCUUGGUCUUGUUGCUUCGGACGUUGUCGGGUUGGAAUCUUGUUCUUGGGCCCAUAGAGGAAUUGGCUUUGAAGGCUUGAAGCUUUGUCAAAUUUGGUUUGGGGGGUCGAUCAGUCGAGCAAAGUCGCGUCUUUUGCUUGCCCGGUUUGCCUCUUGCAGGACUUUGAUUCAACGACAACUAGCGGAUUAGACUUGAGUUUGAAGCGCUAAAACAUCCUCAAGCAUCAGCCUUUUGCCUUGCUCGAUGGACAUAAGCAAUGAGGCCAGCAUCGAUCGUUUCUCAAUCGGCCCCUCGACUAUUGUGGGUCGUACUAUCGCUCUUAGAAUCCUAUUCUGCCGGUCAAUGUCGCAUCUGCGGCACCAUAUCCUUCAUGUAUUGCUGAACUACACCUUCAGAAUAAGGUCCCUCGUUGUCCCCUUAGUAUCAUGGCUCCACCCGAGAAAUCCACAGGGGAUAUUAGCAAUGGUUGUGACGGUUGCCUUCUUCCUGAAACGGUACACUAAUGUUAAGGCAAAGGCCGAGAUGGCUUAUAGGCGGAAGUUCUGGAGGAAUAUGAUGAGGAGUGCAUUGACCUAUGAGGAGUGGGCCCAUGCAGCUAAGAUGCUCGAUAAGGAGACCCCGAAGAUGAAUGAAUCUGACCUCUACGACGUGGAGCUCGUGAGGAACAAGCUGCAGGAGCUCCGCCACCGCCGUGAAGAAGGGUCUCUUAGGGACAUAAUCUUCUGUAUGAGAGCCGACCUCAUCAGAAACCUUGGUAACAUGUGCAAUCCCGAGCUUCACAAGGGCCGGCUCCAAGUACCCAAGCUAAUAAAGGAAUACAUUGAUGAGGUUUCAACUCAACUCAAAAUGGUCUACGAGUCGGACUCGGAAGAGCUGUCCUUAGAGGAGAAGCUUGCAUUCAUGCAUGAGACGAGGCAUGCCUUUGGCCGAACAGCCCUUCUUUUGAGUGGGGGAGCUUCCCUCGGGGCAUUUCAUAUCGGAGUUGUAAAGACCUUAGUGGAGCACAAGCUCUUGCCUCGAAUAAUCGCAGGUUCGAGCGUGGGAUCAAUAAUGUGUGCAGUUCUGGCAACUAGGUCUUGGCCUGAGCUGCAGAGUUUCUUCGAAGACUCUCUCCACUCGCUGCAGUUCUUUGAUCAGCUUGGAGGGAUCUUUGCAGUCGUGAAGAGGGUCAUGACUCAGGGAGCAGUUCAUGAGAUUCGGCAUCUCCAGUGGAUGCUGAGGCAGCUCACAAGCAAUCUCACGUUCCAGGAAGCUUAUGACAUGACGGGACGAAUCCUCGGGAUAACAGUCUGCUCCCCGAGGAAGCAUGAGCCUCCGAGGUGCCUCAACUACCUGACUUCCCCGCACGUUGUUGUUUGGAGCGCAGUGACUGCUUCCUGUGCUUUUCCGGGGCUCUUUGAGGCCCAAGAGCUCAUGGCAAAGGACCGAAGAGGAGAGAUUGUUCCUUAUCAUCCUCCAUUCAACGUGGACCCUGAGGAGGGCUCAGGCUCAUCAGUUCGUCGAUGGAGAGAUGGGAGCUUGGAGAUCGAUCUGCCCAUGAUUCAACUGAAGGAGCUCUUUAAUGUGAAUCAUUUUAUCGUGAGCCAGGCGAAUCCUCAUAUAGCGCCAUUGUUGAGGCUGAAAGAUUUUGUCAGAGCUCAUGGAGGCAGUUUUGCAGCAAAGCUUGCUCAACUCGCUGAGAUGGAAGUUAAACAUAGGUGCAAUCAAAUCCUAGAACUCGGUUUUCCUCUCGGAGGAAUUGCUCAGCUCUUUGCUCAAGACUGGGAGGGUGAUGUUACUGUUGUUAUGCCUGCCACACUAGCUCAGUACUGGAAGUUGAUACAGAAUCCGUCACUCGCGGAGCUGCAGAAGGCAGUGAAUCAAGGAAGGAGGUGCACAUGGGAGAAGCUCUCGGCCAUAAAGGCCAAUUGCGGAAUCGAGCUUGCUCUAGACGAGUGUGUAGCAGUGCUCAACCACAUGCGCCGCCUCCGUAGAAGUGCCGAGCGGGCUGCUGCGGCUGCAUCAUCCUCUUCUCACGGCCCUCCUCCCGGUGUCCGUUUCAGUGCUUCUAGAAGGAUACCGUCAUGGAACUGCAUCGCCAGGGAGAAUUCCACGGGUUCCCUGGAGGAUGAUUUCCUAAACGACGUGGCCUCGUCCCUCCAUCAUCAGGUACCGGUUGGCGGCAGAGGUUUGCAUGCCCACCGUGGAGGGUUAGAGGGAAGUGACAGCGAGCCCGAGAAUGUGGACUUGAAUUCGUGGACGAGGUCAGGCGGGCCCCUCAUGCGAACUGCCUCAGCAAACAAGUUCGUCGACUUUGUUCAGAGUCUGCACUUGCAAGUCGACCCGAGCAAGCUUCCUAGCCCGGGAUCUAAUGUGGGCUACAGCUGUGGAAGAGACCAGUUUCACCAAUGCUCGCGGGUGACCACACCCGACAGAAGCUCGGAAGGCACAGACCCUGAUCAGAGGGACUUUAACAGCAGGAACAGUUCGAGUUUAUUGGUGGGGGAAGGUGACCUCUUGCAGGCCGAGAGGAUACAGGACGGAUUCGUGUUGAAUGUCGUGAGGAAGGAAAACUUGACGCAUCAGAGUAGGAAUUGCGAACACAGCCCCGAUGACGCAGCAGAGUGUUUGCAACUGGAUUGUCCCGAGAAGGAGAUCCUUGAUGCUACUAGUUCAGCAUCUUCCGAGUACGAUGAGGAAGAAGCAACUAUAGAGAAGCGAGCGCACGAGCCGGGUUUCGUCUAUGCUAUUAUUGCUAAUGAGAGAACAUCAGAAGAUUGUUAGUCUAUAGGUUAGAACUCCAUCUUCGUUAGUUCUUUUUUACCCUUAAAUUGAUGGCAUCUUGUCAUCUUAAAGUAGAUGACCCAAAUAAAACCCUUCAUGGUCGAUCAAUGAUCAUUCGUGCUUCGGAAAUGUUCGAAUUCAAUCUGCACGAUUGAAGAUAAACUGUUCAAACAAUUGUAUUACAGAUAUUUUUUUUUUCCUAUC